UAAGUCCGCUCACUCAGUCUUUACCCCGGAAGCAAUCAAACAAAGCUCCUGUGUUUUUGCAAACAUAACUUAACCAAACUAUUAACUUUUUUGGACACACAAAGUGGAAAUAUUAGCAGAAUUUUCCACUAAUAUAUAUAAAAUGUCAGAUCGCAAACGAAGCCGUGAACAUCGCGAGGACAGACAUGAACGGAAGAGACACAGAGAGUCAAAACAGGAGGAGGACAAAUACACGCAUCAAACCAAGAAACUCGUGCAUGAAGUGCAGAAAAUCAAGCAUGUAGAGACUUUUUAUGAAAAUCCUCCACCAGGACUCAUAAAGGAACAUGAUGACAAACCAGAGGAUUGCAUUCCUGACACACCGGGCAAUGAAGAUGCCAGAAACUUUCUGGCUCAUGCCCCCACCAGAGGACUGUGGAUGCCUCUGGGGAAAGAGGUGAAGGUCAUGCAGUGUUGGAGAUGUAAACGAUAUGGGCACAGAACAGGAGAUCGUGAAUGUCCUUUCUUCAUCAAAGGCAACCAGAAACUGGAGCAGUUCAGAGUGGCACAUGAGGAUCCAAUGUACGAUAUCAUCAGAGAGAACAAGCGCAAUGAAAAAGAGACCAGGAUCCAACAGCUAAAACAGCUCCUGCAGGACUCCACCUCAGACUCUGACUCCACAUCCUCAUCCGAUCACAGUCGCAAGAAGAAAAAGAAAAAAAAGGAGAAGAAGAAGAAAGAAAAGAAGAAAGAGAAGAAGAAAAAGAAGAAGAAGCAUAAGGCUAAGGGUAGUGAUGAUUCGGACUCCGACUGAAACAGUCCUGCUUAAAGUCAUUUGCUUAUUAAUAAAAGCUUAUAAGGCCUUUGGUGAAACAGCGUUUCAGAUGGCUGCCUUAUCGGAUGAAGCCUCUUCCCAACUCCCCAAGCCAUCUUCAGAUCUGCUUAAUAAUGCAUGG